AUAAAAAAUAUAAAAAGAAAAAUGUUAUAUAACAGUGUUCUAUUCUUUAACAAAUGAAAUAUUUGGAGUUUUGGCAUUUUUUUGAUAUUGUUUUAGUUUGGGGGAGUGGAAAAAGAGAGAGCUGGAAACUCUUCUGCUGCUCUGAGUACCGGCCACCAUAGCCAGCAUAGCCGCUUCUUAUUUGUCUCCGUCGGGCCUCCGUUUGGUUUAUCAGGGGGAUUUUAUUAGGCAGUAGCAGUUGUUAGACAACAAGCUAGAGAUUUGAAUAAAUCAUCUCUUUUGGGUUUCUUAGAUCUUGAAGUUUGAUUUUCAUAGAUUGUCAAGAAACAGACAAGUUAAUGAACUAGGGACACAGUAUGUUGUGUCACCAUUACCGCCUCCACUGCCAUCAUGCCCUCUUGCCCAAGACCUUGGCCACUUCAUUUUUGCAAUUGGUUACUGGUGUCACCAUCAACAUCCGUUCCUUAUCCAUUGAAUCAUAUACAGUUACUCCCCCAAUCAAGCCCUGGCCCCAACGCCUCUACCCAAAGCGCCUUGUCUCAAUGAUCACUAGCCAGCAGAAUCUUGACCUUGCCCUCCAAAUCUUCCAUUAUGCUGGAAACUUCCACCCAGGUUUUUCCCAUAAUUACGAAACUUACCAUGCCAUCAUCCAACGUCUCUCACGAGCCCGUGCUUUUGAAGAAGUCGAGUCCCUGCUCUCCUGCCUACAUAAAUCUCAAUUAAAAUGCGGUGAAGAACUUUUUAUCACUGUCAUUCGUAAUUAUGGCCUUGCAGGUCAACCGAAAUUGUCGUUGAAAACCUUUCUACGCAUUGAAUCUUUCAGCGUCCAGCGUUCUGUGAGAUCCUUGAACACUUUGUUGAAUGCUUUGGUUCAAAACAAGCGCUAUGAUUUGGUGCACUUGGUGUUUGUAAAUUGUAAGAAGAGAUUUGGCGUGGUGCCCAAUGUGUUUACUUGUAACAUUUUGAUUAAAGCAUUAUGCAACAGCAAUAACAUAGAUGGUGCUCUUAAGUUGUUGGAUGAAAUGCCUGCCAUGGGAAUGGUCCCUAAUGUGGUCUCUUACACAACCGUUAUGGGUGGAUAUGUUUCACGGGGUGAUAUGGUUGGCACCAAAAGGGUUUUUACUGAAAUUUUGGAUAGAGGUUGGCUACCUGAUGCCUCUACCUAUACCAUUUUGAUGGUUGGGUACAUUAAGCAUGGGAAAUUGGCUGAUGCUAUUAAGGUGAUGGAUGAAAUGGAUGAAAAUGGGAUUGACCCAAAUGAUGUUACUUAUGGGGUUAUGAUUGAAGCUUAUUGUAAAGAAAGCAAGUCUGGUGAAGCACUUAACUUGCUGGAUGAUAUGCUUGGGAAGAAGUAUAUACCAAGCUCAGCGCUUUGUUGCAAGGUUAUUGAUGUACUAUGCAGUCAAGGAAAGGUGGAAGAUGCUUGUGAGUUGUGGAAAAGGCUUUUGAAGAAGAAUUGUACUCCUGAUAAUGCUAUUACAAGUACACUUAUACAUUGGCUUUGUAAGCAGGGUAAAAUAUGGGAGGCAAGGAAAUUAUUUGAUCAGUUUGAGAAGGGUUCAAUUCCGAGUGUUCUUACUUACAACACACUUAUUGCAGGAAUGUGUGAGAAAGGGGAGUUGUGUGAGGCGGGUAGGUUAUGGGAUGACAUGGUGGAAAAAGGGUGUACUCCUAAUGUGUUCACCUAUAAUAUGCUAAUGAAGGGCUUCUGUAAUUUUGGUAAAGCGGAAGAGGGGAUUAGAAUUUUAGAGGAGAUGAUUGGUAAAGGAUGUUUUCCUAACAAGACUACUUACAAUAUGUUGAUUGAGGGUCUAUAUGACUUGGGAAAGGAAGGAGAAGCUUCACAAGUUCUUUCAAUGGCAAUGUCGUGUGGAGUCAUUGACAAUGAUUCCUGGGUUCACUUCUUUAAAAAAAUAAUUGGUGAAUUGGGUACGGGAACAGGAGUUCUUGACCAAAUACUCUCAGACAAUGCUAUAUAGAAUUCUUGAAUAUAUGACAUAUCUAUGGAGCCUAUGCCUCGGUGGCCUAGGAAUAAGGACUACUAUAAAGGAUCCUUACAGUCAAUGUUGGAGGUUGGAACUUCUCUGUGACAUAUGUAAGAGUGAUCAACAGCCACCCAAGUUGUUACUUGUUUCUCUUUUCUAAAGCUUUACAAUUCAUUGUUCAAUGCUUUAUAAAGAUGGAGCCAUUUUUUGGUUCAAAUUUUAUCUGAGCCAGUCAGACACUCUUCUGAGGAUUGGAAACCACAGUUACCAGAUAGAUUUGGUGCCAUUGCUGUACUCAUGAAAUCUAUCAAUUGAAGGGCUGAAGACACCAUACCACAAUGUCUGAUCUUUGUGAAACCAGAGAACAAUCAAAAUGGGAUUGUAUAAUUAAACUGGCAGCCUAUUGAGGCAGGUUGUCUCUCAGAAUGUACAAGCACUCUUCGGAUCCAUGCUAAGUUCUUCACUUCAUGUCAUCUUUGAAGGUAAUCAAUGUUAAUAGCUACUCUGUGUGUACAUAUAUAUAUAUAUAUAUACAGUCCGUCAUUGUUUUAGGGCAGAACAACGCAAAUGUAUUGAUAUUUUCCAUUAUGUAAGAAUAAAUAUUUUUAACUUGAAGCCAACACCAGAUUCAAUAUUAAAGUCAUUGUCAUUUACCAGUUCA